AUGUUCGUCUUCUCUCGCCUCCGCGCUGCAACAAUUUGCGCCGCACUCCUGAGCGUCGCCUCCCCCAUCCGCGCUCAGGACACCAACACCACAACGCCCUCGCAUAUCGGCAUCCUCCUCUUUCCCUCCUUCGAGCCCACCGACGUCUUCGGCCCCGUCGAGGUCUUCCAAGCUCUCGGCCGCGGCCACACCCACAUCUCGCUCUCCCUCAUCUCCAACUCCUUCGACGACACCCUCGCUCCCGUCUCGACCGCGCCCCCCGCGGACAGGAACGCGCUCAACUCGACCGCCUACGUCGCCGUCGUGCCCACCCACACCCUCGCCGCCCCGCCCCCCGACCUCGACGUCCUCUUCGUCCCUGGCGGGAUCGGCACGCGCCUCUCCGGCCUCGAGCCCACGAUCGCGUACAUCAACGCGACGUACCCCGCGCUGCACUCGCUCGUCGGCGUCUGCACCGGCGCGAGCCUGCUCGCGCGCGCGGGCGUGCUCGACGGGCGGCGCGCGACGACGAACAAACACUCGUGGCACUCGAUGAUCCCGUACGGGCCGAAGACGGACUGGCAGCAGUACGCGCGGGUGGUGCGGGACGGGAACGUGUGGACGGCGGGCGGGGUGAGCGCGGCGACGGACGCGGCGCUGUCGUUCGUCGCGGCGACGUGGGGCGAGGGCGUGGCGCGCACGGUCGCGAACGAGAUCGAGUACGAGUGGCGGAACGACCCGGACUUUGACGUUUUUGGCUGGGUCUGGCCGUAG